AUGAGUAGCGCAGACGUCAUAGACGCUCUGUUCGUCAAAACAGUCGACAUGGUCCAGUCGCUGCCUAAAUCAGGACCAAUUCAAACUUCCUACGAGGAAAAGCUGGCGCUUUAUAGUCUCUACAAGCAAGCUACCGAGGGCGACGUCUCGUCAAAGCGGCCAGGCAUGCUCGACAUGCUCGGGAGGGCAAAGUGGGAUGCAUGGACCAAAGUCAGCGGCUUGCCGCCAAGGGAUGCCAAGCAGAUGUAUGUCGAGUCCAUGCUCCGCAUUUUGCGACGUUACAGUGACCGACCACAAGCUUCAGCGCUCAUUCAAGAACUCGAAAACUUCUCCGGCCAGGUCGCCCAGCGCGUAAUGGAUGGCUCUCUGGCCCAAGUCGACUCGGAUGAAGAGUCUAUCACCGAUACCGACACAGAUGACCAGCAACGUCUCGAUCCUACAGGCUUGCAUCAGCCCACCUCCGGUCCUUCUCGCCAAUCUCAACCUAACCCACCUCGCCAUCUAGCUCCCGAUGCUCCUUCCGUCACUGGCACAAGCACAGCUGCCACUCGCGGAGGCGGUGGUGCUGCUAUCUCCCCCGGUAGAACGCCGAUGGCGUCCGAGUCAGAGGACGAGUCUUCCCCAGAUGACCGCCUUGGUACUCAGCCUGGCCCCUUCAGGGCGCCCGUUCGCCAUCCAAGCUCGCACGCUCCACCUUCGGUUCAGUCGUACCGUCCGCAGCCCAGGGCAGGCUCCAUCUCGGCCACAGAGGGGUACAGCAGAGGUCCACCUUCGCGCUCACACGUCUCGACAUCGGCUCAGUUCGAACGAUCUCGAGGACCGCCAUCUUUGCAGGGCGGCUAUUCACGUCCUCAGUAUGGACCACAGUCGACAGCAGCUUCGGUGGCUGGAUCCAACUACCCUCGCCCAGGAGAAGCCGGUCAUUACCAGCGCAGCACGUAUGCCGCUUCCUCGGUCGGCGGCCGUUCCGUAGGCACACGCACCGGCCCGGUCCCUGUCUACCCACCUCGGCCACCGUCCAAUGCAGGCACCGCUCAGCGUCCACCACGCGCCGAAAUGGAGACCGCUCUCCAAUCCAUCCAAGCAUCGCUCGCAGCGCUCCACGAACGUCUCAAUCGAGUCGAGUCUCGCUCCUCAGCUGGCGGUGCCGAUGACCCUCGACGUCCAAACCAGUCGAGUCGCACCUACAUCUACAAUGCCAUCAUGAACAUCGUCGACGAUGUCAAACAACUCAUCGGUCUCAAUGUCGUCUCGCGCGGUCAACGAACCGAAGCAUUGGCGCCCAGCUUCCUUGCCGAGGGUGGUGCAGGCAACAAACGAACCAGUGCCGCCGUCAGUCUGCUCACCUCGCCCGUUCGUAUUCUGGUGGCACUUGUCAAUCUCAGCGCAAGACUGGCGCUAGACGUCAUCAGCCUUGUGCUCGUCUCGAGCUUCUUCUUGUACGGCUUCAAGCGCAUCACGGGGAGGGGAGAUCCAUUGGUCAUGAUCCGUUUGCUCAAAAGGUUGCAGCAGGCGGUUCUCAGGAGAUCGCCAACGGCUAAGAAGCUUGUUGCAGAGGCCGCAAACGCAUGA